CAAUGAACAAUAUUUCUACUAAAUUACAAAUCUCAAUCUUAUAUAUUCUCGUGACAAAGUAGAAGUUUUCAUAUUGAAACAUUCAUGUAAACACAAAUUUAGAAUUACUAACACUGAAUUUCUAGGAGUAAUAUAUUUCAGCAUAAAAACUGUUUAUUAAUGCCAGUAAUCCACAUGGAAAUGGAUCAACAUCACACUAUCUCACUUUCUUCAAUGAUUAAAUAAUUUCUAAUCUGUUUUAGUUAACCAAAUCAAUAUCAAAGAGAAGAUUGCCAUUGGUCUUCUGCUUAAGUCAUUCAGCCAAUCAGAUUCCCACUGAAAUAUAGAAUAAAAUCACUAACAAAGAGAAACAUUCACACUACUGGUGCCAUUAAACCAAGCAGUUAUGUUUAACUAUAGAAUAUUGAAGCUAUUUGAAUAUAGAUGUGUGUGUGUGUGUGAAUAACAGUAAACAAACAUCAUCUUUGAGGAUAAAUACAUGCACAGAAUAUUAUUAGAUGGACAUACACUCAGAAAACAUACAACUUCAGUGACACAUGCAACCCUCUCCUAGCAGCAGACUCUCUGCCUGACGUGCUACACUACUCCAUCACCAUAACAGCCAUUGUCACACCAUUACAGCAGCACUUACAAUGGAUCUUUCUACAACAAUACAUCUUUCUCUUUCUCACUGAAUAACCAAUGAUAUAAUUAUCAAAAAGGUUUAUUCUUCAACUCUCCUGAACACCUUUAUCUGGUUCCAACACAACAUGUUACUGUCGUUGUCUAUUGCAUUGUCGCUGGUCCACUGUGUCCUGACCAUAGACCUUACCUACCACGUGGAAGAAGAGAGAAGUCCAGGAACCUAUGUAGCAGACAUUGCUGCCGAUUCUAAACUCUUAGACAAUGUUAAACCAUCUGACCAACAUUUGAUAACAUUCAGUCAAUUCAAACGAAAGGUGGCACAGUUAUUUAACAUCACCAAAACAGGUAAACUGUACACUGCUCAGACACUGGAUGCAGAAGAUCUCUGCACAUUCAACAAAGAAUGUUCCAGAACUAUGAAGGUUGUUGUCAAUAAAGGAACCAGUGUUUCAAAAAUAUUAAAAAUCAAAAUUGUUAUAGAAGACAUCAAUGACCAUGAACCAAAAUUUCCUAAGAUUAAAAUCAAUAUGCAGCUUGCAGAGGAUAUUUCAAAAGGUUCAAAAAGAUCGUUACCAAAUGCCAUAGACAAGGAUGUAGGAUUUCAAAACUCAUUAAUACAAUAUAAAUUAAAAUCAAAGAAUGGAGAACUAUUCUCUCUGUCAGUGUCUAAAAGAGCAGAUGGUAUUUCUUCUCUUAAAAUAGUUUUAAAAGAAUCAUUAGACAGAGAAAUCAAAGAUACAUAUUUAUUACAGGUCAUAGCUAAAGAUGGAGGGUCACCAGCAAAACAAGGAAUUUUAAACAUAAAUAUUUCCAUAACAGAUGUUAAUGACAACCCACCUGUAUUUUCUAAACCUCUAUACAAUAUGUCUAUACAAAGUACACAUCACAAAUCUAAACCCAUCAUUGUUUUAUCUGUGAGUGAUGCUGAUUCUGGUGAAAAUGGUAAAGUUACUUUCCAUUUCAGUCCAAAGACAUCAGAUGUAACAAAAAGCUAUUUUCAGUUAAAUGAAACCAGUGGAAGCAUUUUAUUAAGGGAAUAUUCAAAAUUAGGGAAAAAGAAAACUUAUGAAUUGUUUAUAGAGGCCAGAGAUGGAGGUAUUCCUCCUCUCAGUUCCAUAGCAACUGUUCUUGUGAAUGUCAUCAACCAACACAACAAUCCUCCUUCUAUUGACAUAGAUUAUGUUUCUACACAGAAUCACAACACAGCUACCAUCUCUGAAAACAUCAAAGUCGGUAGUUUCAUUGCUUAUGUGAUGGUCACUGACAAUGAUGUGGGACAAAAUGGAGAGGUCAGCUGUGAUAUCAAACAUGAUACAUUCAAACUACAGUCAAUGGGAUCCAAGGAAUAUAAAAUCAUUCUAAACAAACCAGUGGACAGAGAAACACAAGGACACUAUAACAUUCCUGUCUCCUGUCAAGAUAAAGGAUUACCUCCUCUUAAAAGUGUUAAAAGCCUCUCUAUCCAAGUGACUGACAUCAACGAUGUACAACCACAGUUUACCAAAGAUACAUUCCAAUUCCUCACCUACGAAAACAAAGAUAAAGACUUCCCUAUUGGUUUUGUCAAUGCCACUGACCCUGAUCUUGGAUCUGCUGGACAACUCACAUAUUCUCUGCUGCGUAAAGAAAAAUCCAAUCUCCCAUUUCUCAUCACCAGUUAUGGCUUCAUUUCAGCGACCAUGUCAUUGGACAGAGAGAAACAAGAUGUGUAUAAGUUUGAGGUUUUUGUCAAAGACAAUGGAAGCCCAUCUCUGAAUGACACAGCGAAUGUUGUUGUUGAGAUUCUAGAUCAAAAUGACAAUGCUCCGUAUUUUACAUAUCCUAGUAGUGACCCUUACACGCUAAAUGUGCAGUACCAUCCGCAGAGUAAGAGUGACAUCACAGUUUUGAGAGCCUCUGAUGGGGACAGUGGAAACAAUGCUUUCCUCAGAUAUGCAAUCAUACAAGGAAAUGCUAAACAGUUGUUUAGUAUGAACUCACACAGUGGUGCUUUAUCCUUCUCCAGACAAGUUUAUCUAAAUGAUGCUGGAAGUUAUGAGCUGGUGUUUGUUGUGAAGGACAGUGGUAGUCCAGUUCAGUCGUCAACAACUAGUGUCACUUUGGUUUUGGCUGUUAGUAACGAGACAUCACCAAUGUCAAAGAGUGGACCUUUACAAUCUUCAGGCCGGGUCCAUAUGACAUGGGUUAUUAUCAUUGUAUCAUCAGCAGUAAUAAUAUCAGUGGCUAUUGUUGUUUCUAUAACGCUGUGUAUUAUGAAAUGUAUUAAACACAGAGAUAACACAGCUGCUGCCACAAAGAAUACAGCCUACCAAGGUAGAGCAGAGAUGAAACAAUUGUUGUACCAGACUAACACUUCUGUUGCUAUGUCGAGGAAUGCAGAAGAGAUGGUGAAGCGGAAUAUCUAUUCUGAGAGAUCCAAGAGUGAAUGUUAUGCAGAAGGUCAGCUACAGAACAAAUAUGAAUCUUCAGUUCAGUCGAGAACUUUACCAAAACCUACCCCAAAAUACUGUCAACCUGUUGUGGUGACAUCAAGUGAUGAUGCUGUGGAAGAUAAUGCUACUAUGGUUUGUAACUAUACAUCAGAUACAAUGUCAUCCAAGAGAAGUGGUAGACAAGGAGACUUGAAACAUUACGAAGAAAUACCAGGAGUGUCAGAUCAAAAUAUUUAUAAAAACAAUGAUAAUUCUACAUCAAAAGAUUCCAGUGAAGAAACACCAGUGAAACAUGUAUAAUAAUAAUAUUAGCAAAACAGCAACUAUUUUCCCCUUUGUGACUGGAAAACAUAGUGCUUAGUACACAACCACCAUCUCAACUUUAUUUUUGCUACACCGUAUUGUGUAUACAUAGGAAGACUGAGUGUUACAAGAUUA